GAGACUGCAGUCCACUCCUUCGUCCCGGACAGUCCGCAUCGAGCAUCCAUGUGCCAAACAGACCUCUGGAUCCGGAGCGCAGAUUCAGGCGAGUCCAGUCCUGGAAAGACUUCAGUUACCGACUCAGCGGCAGGAAGUCAGAGCCGGUGUGAGACUCUCCGGUCGUUAUAGAUCAGCUGUGUGUUCAUCAGAGCUCAGAUCAGCUCGGACUCUUUGCUUUGGACUCCUCUGGCUGCCGGAGCGGAGAGAGAUCUGUUUUCAAACCUCAAACCCUCCGCUGCUCCUCUCUGGCUCCUCCACAUCUGCAGGAGCUGCUUUUAUCUUCACGUGUUUUCAUCCUGCUCUCCGCGCACGACAUGAGCAGCCCCGCUGUCUCCUGCCUGUCCGCGCGUCUUUGUCAUUUUAAUAUCGGUGAUCUCCGCGCGUCUGGCUGACUGUUUGCAUUUCAGCGCAAUCUGACAAACUGAGGAGGAUUUCUGUCCUGGCUGGAAUAAAGAGGAGAGGAGUCAGCGGGAGGAACGUGGAUCUGUUUCACUUCAUCUUGUUUCCCUUUGGAUUGAUUUUGCUCAUUUAUUCCUCCGUUUCCACCCCGAGGAUGUUGCUCCGCCGCCUGAACCCGCCCUCCUGGUCCACCUGUAGGUUUUCCUUCUGCUUUCUGUUGCUGCUCCAAACGCCCCGGUCCUCCUCUCCGCUAAUUACAGGUACCGAGGCCAGCUGUGAGAACGAAGGGGAAGUCCUCCACAUCCCCAACAUCACUGACAACCCCUGCAUCACCUGCGUGUGUCUGGAGGGGAAGGCCGACUGUAAACAGGAGAAAUGCCCGCUGGUGUCUGAGGACUGUGCUCUGGUGGUGAAACAGACGGGAGCCUGCUGCGAGAGGUGUAAAGGCUGCAUGUUGGAUGGACGGUCUUAUAACAGCUCAGUAUCCUGGACCACCUCCACCAAACCCUGCAUAACCCGCCGCUGUCAGGAAGGUGUCAUCACUGAGGCCGACGUUCAGUGUGUCGUCCACUGCAAGAAUCCCAAAAUCCACCCAAAGAAGUGCUGCCCCACCUGCCCCAGUUGUAUCUUUGAGGGUCGUCUGUACAAAGAGAAGGAGGAGUUCAGCCCUGAGGGCAAACCCUGCAUCAAAUGCACCUGCACUGGAGGGCGCACUCUUUGCAUGAGGGAGGUGUGUCCUGUCCUUUCCUGCCCCGCCUUCCUCAGUCACACCCCACCUGGACAGUGCUGCCCCAGAUGUCUCGGUCAGAGAAAGGUGUUUGAUCUGUCUUUAGGAAGCUGUCUGUUCCACAGCGAAGUUUAUGAGAACGGCACCUCCUUCAUACACGACAACUGCACCACCUGCACCUGCAAGGAUUCCACCGUGGUCUGCAAGAGGCGAUGCUCUCGGCCGGGGAGUUGCCAUGGUGACCAUUGUUGCGAGGAGUGUCUGUCCUACGUGAAGGUGGAGGAGGUGAAGUACUGCAGAGUCCGGAACAAGAUCUACAGGGAAGGAGACAUGUGGUCGUCAGUUAACUGCACGCUCUGCGCCUGUGUUAAAGGAAACAUUGAGUGUCGGCCCAAACAGUGUGUACCAAUCACCAGCUGCCCCGCGAAUAAAAUCCUGAACAGGACGGGCUGUUGUCCAGUCUGCACUGAAAAGCCCGGUGUGUGCACAGUGUUUGGCGACCCUCACUACAACACCUUCGACGGCAGGACCUUUAACUUCCAGGGAACCUGUCAAUACGUACUGACUCGUGACUGUGGCAGCACCCCAGGACCAGGAAAUAACUUCAACCUCAACAGCCCAGACUCCAGCUUCAUGGUGCUGGUGAAGAACGACGCCCGGCGGACUCGCUCCUUCUCCUGGACUCAGUCUGUUGAGGUGAGGUUGGGAGGUUUGGUCCUCAGUCUCCACCAGCACCUGACGGUUCGGAGGAACGGCACCCGCAUCGCACUGCCCUACCACGGCCCUGGGGUGCACAUCGACCUGGACGGAUACCUGCUCAAACUCACCACCAUCGCAGGUCUGGAGAUCACCUGGGACGGUGACAGUUUUGUUGAGGUUGUGGCUGCCCCCCACCUGCGUGGACGCCUGUGCGGCCUUUGUGGCAACUACAACGGCCACAAGCGUGACGACACCAUGGGAGGCGACGGGCAGUUCAAAUUCGACGUGGACGAGUUUGCCGAGUCGUGGCGAGUCGAGGGAAAUGAGGUUUGCUCCCAACAGCACCCGCCUCGCCGGCCAACGUCCUUCCUGUGCCCCGGCAGCGUCAAAGUCAAGUUCCGCGCCCACCGGGAGUGCCAGAAGAUAAAGUCAUGGGAGUUUCAGAAGUGCCACCGUGUGGUUGACUUCGCCCCGUUCUACAGGUCAUGUGUAACGGACAUGUGUGAGUGUCCGGUCCAUAAAAACUGUUAUUGUGAGUCCUUCAUCGCUUACAGCCGAGCCUGCGAGAGGGAGGGAGUGCCCGUCCUCUGGAGGGCCGACACCGCCUGCAUGGCCACCCAGUGUAAACACGGCGCCGUGUACGACACCUGCGGACCGGGCUGCACCAAAACCUGCGACAACUGGAACGAGAUCGGGCCGUGUCACAAGCCCUGCGUGGCCGGCUGCCACUGCCCCGCCAACCUGGUGCUGUUCCAGGGACGCUGCAUCAAACCCACGGCCUGCCCCGGACGGUGACCCUUGUGAUCCAGGUGGGAGGGGGGGCAGGUUAGGGACGCUCAAGUAUCACAGUUUGGGGGCCAAACAAGCCGAGGAGGGUUUGGGAGGACACAGACGGGUGUCAGGUCGACAGAUCACAUGUGACAAAGUACUCAGGGUCCAGAUCUGUCUGACAGAGAUACAAGCUACGGUGACGGACUGGAUGAGAGGCUGAACGUCGCCACCACCUUCAGCCUCUGACUUCCACGUGCCUUGUGUAAACUAUGCAUUGUCACUACCCGUCACCGCCACCGGGGGCGCUAAUUUCAGUCUUGUCAAGGAACUGAACUCCCAGGAGAAAACUCAGGGGCCCUGAGGUGGAAAUUUUUGUCUCCACCUUCUGCGGAACGUUUGACCACGCUGCCAUGGACCCUCAGGAAACAGUCUGGGCCGGUGGACUCCUGCCGGAGCCAACAUGGCACCCACAUUUCUCUCACAAACUCUCUGAGGUGGGAAACUGAGCAUCUGCGUCUGGAAUACAGAAAUUCAAAGCGGAGAAACUCAUCAUAUCAAAGUGCCCUCGUGAUCUCUGUUCCCUCAUUUCAUACUGUAAGCUAGCCAGAUUUAUAUGAAAGACAGACAGCUUUUAUAUUAUUAUUAUUAUUGUUCUAAUUAAUAUUAUUAUUAUUAUUAUUUGUUGUUGAUGUUGUUAAUUUAUAUAUCGGUCAGAUGACACGUCGUAGCAAGAGCCAGAAUCAUGAAUAUAAUGCGUUAUAAAUGAUUUAAAGGGAAACAAAAGCUAUUUAUGUAUUUGUUGUGUACUUGUGUUACUGUUUGAAGAGAAAUGCCCAAAUGUGACUCCGUUGUUGCUCCAUCGCAGGGAAAUUGUACUGUAUUGUGUUGCGCUCCGUGUACAGCUUGUUGUGGUUCGUAUCAACUGAAGGUGUUCAUCUAAACAUAUGUUUCACUUGACGAUAAUUAUUUAAGACCAGCAAUAUAAUCUUUUAUCGAAGUUCA